AUGUCCUGGCCCAGCUGUCCCACCACUGUCCCCGUCGGGGAGGACACGGCGGGGCCUCCGGCGACCCGGCACGGGCUGGCUCCAGAAACGCUUAGCCCCGACGACAGCGAGCUGCUCGAAAUCCUGUACGCCUCCCUCCCGGAGCCGCCUGUCUCCACAUUCCCCUCCCUCUGCUGCGCCGCCGCCGACGAAAGCAGGACCGACCGCGUCAGCCGCCUCCCCGACGACCUCCUCCGCCGUGUGGUCCACCUCCUACCUGCCAAGGACGGCGCGCGCACCGCCGUGCUCUCCUCGCGCUGGCGCGGCCUCUGGCGCUCCGCGCCGCUCGUCCUCGUCGACACCCACCUCCUCCCCGCGGGCGAUGCCGGGGCUCGGCCCGCCCGCGCCGGCGUCUCCUCGCGUGCCGUCGCCAAGGCCGUCUCCGCCGCCCUCGAGGCACAUCCUGGGCCCUUCCCCUUCGUUAGCCUCACCUGCAGUUUCAUCGCCGGCGCCGACCGCCCCCUUCUCGCGCGCUGGUUCCACCUCCUCGCCACCAAGGGCGUCGCGGUGCUCGUCUUCUUCAACCGCCCCUGGCCCCUUCCCGGCCUGCGCCUCCCUCCAUCGCUCUUCAGCUGCGCCUCCCUCCGCCGGCUCUGGAUCGGCGCCUGGGUGUUCCCGGACACUGCCACCCUCCCGCGCGGCGCCGCCUUCCCCAACCUCCGUGAGCUCGUCCUCGGCUGCUCCGUCAUAGAGGACAAAGACCUCGAGUUCGUGCUCGCCGUCAGCCCCUUGCUGGAGAUCCUCGCCAUAUCCGGAAUGCAGACCCUGCUGCACGCUCGUCUCGCUAACCCCAGCCUACGGUGCGCGCAGUUCUGCUUGUCCAUCCUGGGGGAGAUCGCUGUGGUGGACGCCCCAAACCUGGAGCGUCUCUUCUUCUGCCAUAAUAAUACUAAGAGCGUGAGCAUGACAGUCAAGAUUGGCCAUGUCCCUAAGCUGCGUUUCCUGGGAUACCUGGAGCCAGGAGUGCAAACUCUGCAGAUCGGCGACACCAUCAUCAAGGCUGGAACAAAGGUGAGCACAAGCACUACUGUCUCUAGCGUCCAGAUGCUGGCCUUGCAACUGCAAUUUGGGGUCCGCAGCGAAGUCAAGAUGCUUCCCAGCUUCCUCAGAUGCUUUCCUCGAGUCGAGACGUUGAUUGUCGAGGAAACUCUUGAACCGACUAACAAACUCGGUGUCAAGUUCUGGAAGGACGCAGGUCCUAUUGAGUGUGUCCGGUCGCACCUCAAGACUUUGUAUUUCCGUGAGCUACACGGGACUCGUAACGAGUUUAAAUUCUUGACGUUCAUUGCGGAGAACGCACGGAAGCUGGAGGGGAUGUACAUCGUGGUGAAAAAUGACUUAAGUCGCAGCGCUAGGGAGGCGACGGCUGCCAAACUUACGGAUCUUAGGCGUGCUAAUUGGGCCAGCAGGGACUACAAACUGCUAUACAGGACCAGUAUAUUUGCUGGAGGAGGUACCCUUUGGAGCCUAGAACUGGGUACAUGUCUAUCGUUUGAUGACCCUUUCUACUGCCACCUUGGAAGUUUCAGACUCUGACAUGCCUGCAUGUUUCAACACCCAAGAUUCUGCUGCGAGUGUUUAGAGAGAGAGAGAGAGAGUCCUAACUCUAGCUAACAUCAGUAGUUCUAUUUGCUGAAGUCAGACACUAUUUUGGUUUCGGUGAUAGUACAUCACAACAUUCUGAAAAGCAUGCAGAGUCAAUUUAGUUGGUAGUAACAGGGAAUUGGACAUUUCCUGAGCUAGUAUUUUCCUCACUCCGUUGCCAACUUUCUCCUCAAUGUUCCUUGAUGUGAGCAAGUUACAAUGCUAGUUGCAGGAGC